AUGCAGUAUCCAAAAGGCUGGCUAGCUCCAGUCGGCACGGCUCUUCUUAUUUUGUCCACUGUUACCCAAUAUUCUGAUGGAGCUGCCAUUGGAAAUCUGGGAUCAAUUGAUUCCAGUUCCAGUUUGAGUUCUACCUCGUAUGCUUCCCUGUUUGAAAGUGGCACAACAGCAACUCAGAUAAAUCACAGGUCUCCCCGUACGAAACCAUCAGCUGCAACCGCCACCACGUAUCCGACCCCCAUUGCAUCUGUAUCUUUGAGCAGCUCCAGCCGGUCCGGUAAUGAGUUUUCGACAAACUCUAGGAGUAGACAAGAUACCACGAGCUCUGUUGUCACUUCCUCGGACCGCGACAUUUCCCCAUCGUCAGUGAUUUGGAGCUCGUCAUCUUCGCCUUCUAAGAAGUUGGAUUCUAGCAGCACUGCCUCUCGUACAACUUCCUCACGGGAUGCCGAGGAUGGCAGUAACAGCUCAGCUUCUUCGAAUGCUAAGACACCUGCCACAUCCAACAGUAUUGGAAAGACCACGAGCGCCUCAUCUUCCAAGCCAUCCAGUGAGCAUGAUGCUGCCAGUGCCACAUCUUCUGAGACAUCUAGUGGGCAUGAUGCCUCAACUUCAGAACGCUCGACCUCCAGGUCUUCAGACCUAGAAAGUACCAAGUCUUCUGAAGCAUCGGGUAGUAGUAGCAGCAAUGGGGCCUCCUCGAAAGCCUCACCACACCCCAAUACGAGUACCAUUUCAGAUGCCCCAGCUGUCCAGAUAGUCACUGCAGUUGUAUCUGGUACAACCGAAAAGGUCCCUGUCAUUUCAGAUACUGCGGCGUCGACCCCAAUUACACUUGCACCUGUCACAACAACCAUCGCUACUUCGCAAGCCACAUCAAGCGCGUCUUCCGUUUCGACCGAGCUUGCAGCUUUGAUCCCCAUUCUCAAGUCAUGGAAAAAGGAUCCCACUUCGAAGAAAUCAAACACCUUGAACAAGAUCAAGGAUGUUAAAAGCCAUGUCGAAGGAUUUAUUUCCGAGAUGGGCACUGAGUCCUCCUCGAAAGGAUGUGGUUCAAAUAGAAAGAGAAGCGCAUUGAGUAAUCUCUUUGGUGAUAUCACUGGAUCUCUGUCGUGCAUUGACAAGGGUCUAGAUGAUGCUACUGACAAAGUCAAUACCAACAAUGUUGAUGCUAUUGACAGUACCGUGGAAAAUCUAACAACGGAGAACACAAACCUCGACAAUGACACCAAAAACAACGAUUCCAAGGACAAUGAAAGCAAAACAGAUGAUGAUUCAUCUACCAGUGAAUCAAGUUCGAAAACUUCCAAGACCUCCUCGGACACUUCUUCGUCCACCUCAUCCUGUACAACACACACAGCACUGCACGUCACUACCAAGUGUGUUCCCACUUCAAAUCCCACUGGAGGUUCUACCAUUUCAACAACAACAUGCACGCCCUCUACCACGGUGACGACAGAAGGCUGCUCUGUAACUGGAUUGACAACAACUAUCUCCAGCUCUGCGUCAAGCACAUCAUACCCCCUCUGUGCGUCCGGAAAAUGCGGCAAUGGCAGUGGAUGUAAAAAAUACACUGGACCCCUCAGCGGUGCUCUGGGGGUCACUAUGUCUGCCACCAAAACUUGUUCUUCGGUGUCAACAGUCACUACUGAUGUAGGGACUGCAAGCUUUGGCACCUUCCGAAGUGCCGCCGACGCAGCUCCAACGUCAGAUUCCAAUACCGCGAAACGAUCCUCUUUUGCAAACGAAACCUUGCCAGAAACUCCUUUGAACAAACGGGUGCUUGUGGAGCCCGAGGACUACAGUGAACAUGUUUCGACGAUGAGCUCGGUUCUUACCAUUAGCGAUGAUUGGGCCUCCCAAGAUGGUGACACGUCUGGGACUUGGUCUGACUGGUCUACUGAAUUCCUUCAAUUAAACGGCAUGAACGGCAUUUAUGGCUGCACAGUGGUUUUCAUUGUAUCCACGAGAGGUGUGUAUGCGUCACACAUCUGGCAAGUGCCAGUCUUCGUCAAUGAGCAGAACCAGCCGACGGCAACUGAUUACUUCCACAAGCAGACCUUCAUGGCUCUUCGUGACGGUGUUCCAAAUGAAGUCCAGAGUCUUGUUACACUCAUUGGAACCGACGCAAAUAAGGGCGUAUUGCAUCCAGAUUAUAACCCUCAGGUCCAUGUGGUCACUCCUUUUGCCUCUGACGGGCAGACCCUCGAAUAUUCUGAUCGCGCGUACCUUCUUGCUGACAUGCUGACCAAUCUCUUUGCAAAAGAGGCUACGAUAAGGAGGGUCUGGGGAUAUCACCGCUACAAUCACCAAAUAUCCACGGCAGAAUUUGGAUUCCUCGGCAGAACAAUUGUGGAACAUGAUCCGAUACAGAACGUGAUUAUGGCUCCACAGGGAAGAUAUAAUGUCGGCAGGUGGAGGCUCUGGGUCGAGAACAACCUCGUGUGGCAGCAGGACUAUUCCCAUGACUAUACUCAGCGUCUGAGCCAACGAGACCUUGAAGGAGAUGUGUGCCUGGUUAGCAAUAGCUCGUCAGAAUCGUCUACUUCCUCAUCAUCGUCCACAUCGACGACUUUUGCUACUUCUGCGUCAAAGUCGACCACUUCCUCAUCAUCGUCAUCAAAGACUUCAAAGACUUCUUCCAGCUCAACACCCACCAUCACUGCUUACUACCAAUAUGACAGCAAUAGUCGUUCUGCUUUCUGCGAAGUUGAGGGCCACGAGGGAAGCUAUCAGCUAAAACCCAGUUCCUCUGGGGUCACAAGUCAUGAGCCUUGUGAUUGGAGCACGAUGCCACCCACCCUGGCCACCACUCCUAUCACAGCCUACACGACCUACUUUGACGGCACCGUUGGGCGGUGCACCGAUGGUCAAUACGGCAACGCCAAUGUCAACGACAUUCCGACAUGUACUGGUUCCGUCUCGGUCUUCUCUACCAAUGCUGCAGUCGCCUCCGCAUAUUCUUCUUCUGCAGCUGCCGCUGAGGCUUCUCAAAAGGCACAUAGCGGAGACUGCACCAUCAUCCAUUCUGAUACCCUCUUCGGGAACUCAGUAGAUUCGACAUUCUACCUUUACAACCUUGGCACUUGGGCUGACGAGGAUAAGGUUUACAAGGAAGAGGAUGGCUGUGGUGCACUUGAUGCUUGGGUCUGGGAGAAGGCAGAUGAUGGUACUUAUAAAGCUGGAUUCGAUCUCUCCGGCUUCAAGGGUGGUUGUAUCGAACGAGCCAUUGUAUCAGCUGGCGGACCCAAGAUCACAUGCAACGACCUGCCUGGCAAGAACGAGAAUAUGAGCAAGGACGAUGAAGCCAUGUGGGAUAAGGUGAAGAAGGCGAGAAAGUCUUGGGGUAGGCGAUAG